UGUCCGUUUUUCGAAAUGCUAUUCAAACAUGAUAGAGGGUGUUACAGAUGGCCGGAUCUACCACUCUCGUCUCCGCGCUAAAACCCACCGGAAAUUAACAUAACAUUGAAUGCUCAUUUCCAAAACUCAGAUCUUGGCUUUCUGUCUCUCUCCGAUCAAACUUUUCCAGUAAUGUGGAAGCAUGGAAACAGAUCGAAAGCUUGGAAUGGGCCUCAAAAGUGUAGGGUCUCAAUUUUGAUCACGUCUCUCAUUCUUAUUCUUGUAGUUUUAAUCUCAAUAUAUCGUGACAAUGGUCAAAAUACCAGAUUAUCAUCUGGACUUCUGAAGCAAAAAUGGAAUAGCUUAGAGUCUUUGGUGCAAUUUCAUCCAACUGCCGAGGUCCAGAAUGGAACAGAACUUAUAUGGCAAAUACCUGAUACACCUAAGGCUGUUAUCUUUCUGGCUCAUGGUUGCAACGGCAGAGCUGUUAACUUUUGGGACAGAUCUUCUACCUGCCCUAAUUGCAUAGGGUUACCUGAAGAAAGACUUAUCACCCUUCACGCUCUUGCUCGAAAGUUUGCCGUUCUUACCAUAUCAAGCACGGGAAGAUGCUGGACACUUGGGAAGGAAAGAUUCAUUGUUAAGGAUAUUAUGAAGGGGUGGGUAGAGAAAAACAAUCUUCAACAACUUCCUAUUGUGGCUUUGGGAGCCUCCUCUGGUGGGUAUUUUGUGUCUGUACUGGCCACUGAGUUGAAAUUCAGUAGUAUUACACUUAUGAUUGCUGAAGGCGUAUUCGAUAGGAUUGAUAUCAGUGAGGAUUAUCCGCCUACACUGUUUGUGCACAUGCCCAAAGAUGUAUCUAGGCAGCAGAAGAUUGAUGAAAAUUUGCAACUUUUGAGAAAUAAAGGUGUUGAUGUGGCAGAGAUUGAAUGCAUGGAGUUCCCCUUGUCUCCACAUCUUUUAUCCGACAGAAUCCCAGGUAUUGAACAAAGUUUUUCUGCCAAGUUAUUUGAGCUUUUCCGGGACAAGGGCUUCAUCGAUGAAAAUGGAUAUAUGAAGAAUGAUGGGCGUGCAACACGAUGGCAAGCAGCUCUCAGGGAGAGUAGGAGUUAUAUUCCAGAUAAGCAUUUAGCAGAACACAUUCAGGAGGAAUUGAAUCUUGCAUUCGCUUAUCAUGAAAUGACCAGCUUGCAUUCUGAGCAGAUCUUUAAAUGGUUUGAAUCUCAUAUGAGUUGAUCAGAACUAUGUUGAGCCACAUUUUUCCUGAGACUUACAAGAUUUUUGUGGAAUAAAUUGUGGUCAGAAUCUGAAGCAAUUUCAAUGUACAGCUUAUUACUAGUUGUAAAUGUGGAAGGGAGAUGGAAAGUUUACUUGUUACGAUUCUUCUUCUGAAUCAAUUAGAAUUCAACUGAAUCUU